AUGCAGAAACUUUCACCAGGAAAUGCAACAAGAGGUGGCCAAUGGGGCUGGAACAUGAGCUCAGAUCCUUGCACAAGCAACUGGACUGGCGUGGUAUGUAACAACCAGGGUUUAGUGAGGAAGAUCAUUCUUGAAAAGGCCAACUUCAUCGGAGUCCUUGAUGCAAGUUCUCUUUGUGUUACAAAGGCUCUUAGUGUAUUGAGUCUCAAAGACAACAACAUCACAGGUCUGCUCUCAGAAGACGUUGCACUUUGCAAAGACUUGACUCACUUGUAUUUGAGUGGGAAUCAUUUCUCUGGGGACCUUCCUGAGUCUCUCUCCCAGUUGAGUAACCUGAAAAGGUUUGAUAUAUCCAACAACAACUUCAAUGGUGAGCUUCCUGAUAUGCAAAAGAUUUCAGGCUUGAUAUCUUUUCUUGUUCAAGACAAUCAACUCGAGGGUCAAAUCCCGGAGUUUGAUUUCUCUAAUCUUAAGGAGUUCAAUGUCUCUAACAACUUGUUCAGUGGUCCAAUCCCUGAUGUCAAAGGCCAUUUCAUGGCGAGCAGCUUUUUAGGUGAUCCUAAUCUGUGUGGAGAACCACUCACUGCCUGCCCACCAGUUCCAAUGGUUCCUACAAACCCAAUGAAGAAGUCAAAGAAGCCCUCAUUCCAAAAGGUUCUUCUCUUUUCAGGCUAUGUAGUACUUGGCCUAAUUGUGGUGUUGUUUUUGGUGUAUAAGCUUCUUAAAAGAGAAAAAUCAUGUGAACAGAAAAAGCAAAAGCCUAAAAACAAGGCUGUGCCUCUUGAAAUUCCUAGCAGCAUACCUAGUACUACUACUGCUUCUAGUGACUACAAGGAUGGUAGGGGGAAUCAGACAUCAGAGUAUUCCUUGACAUCUGUCGAAUCUGGAAUGGCACCGCCGCUUGUGGUUCUCACCAGUCCUUUGUUGAUGGGACUGACUUUUGAGCAGUUGCUUCGAGCUCCAGCUGAACUGCUUGGGAGAGGAAAGCAUGGGAGCCUGUACAAAGUGUUGCUUGAAGGAGGGGUUAACUUGGUUGUGAAGAGGAUGAAAAAUUGUGGGAUUUCGAGAGAUGAUUUCAAGACCAGGAUGAAGAAAAUUGACCAAGUGAAGUGUCAAAAUGUGUUGCCAGCAAUUGCUUUUUAUUGUUCAAGGCAAGAGAAGCUCUUGGUUUAUGAAUAUCAACCAAAUGGAAAUCUGUUUAAUCUUCUUCAUGGAUCUCCAAAUGGCCAAAUCUUUGACUGGGGAAGCAGAUUGAAUGUUGCAGAUAGCAUUGCUGAGGCAUUAGCCUUCAUGCACCGAGAGCUUAAUGAAGAUGGUAUUGGCCAUGGUAACCUAAAGUCCAUGAACAUUUUGUUCAACAUGGCCAUGGAACCUUGCAUCAGUGAAUAUGGAAUAAUGGAGGCUGAAAAUCAAGAACAGUCAAUCGUUUCUCCCAAUAUUGAAAUCCGAAAUGACAGUACUAGUAAAGGCCAUGCAUAUGGCUCCUUCAGUGGUGAUGUUUAUGCUUUUGGGGUGAUUCUUCUUGAGCUUCUGACAGGGAAGAUGGUCCAGGAAAAUGGAUUUGAUUUGCCUAGCUGGGUGAACUCAGUGGUCAAAGAGGAGUGGACUGUUGAGGUUUUCGACAGGGCUUUGAUCUCGGAAGGUGCAAGCGAAGAAAGGAUGGUGAGCUUGUUGCAGGUAGCAUUGAAGUGCAUAAAUGCUUCUCCAACUGAUAGGCCAGCUAUGAGUCAAGUUUCGUUGAUGAUCAAGUCGAUAAAAGAGGAAGAGGAGAGCUCUAUAUCUUUUGAUUCAUGA